CGCCUAUGUGAGUUUUUCUUCCGGGUUACGGUCAUGGCGUGUUGCUGAGAAGCAUGUGAGUUUUGAGAGCCACAAGCCGGGGAUUUAAUACGUCUUAAGCAGCUUCAUAGAUGGCAUCGGUGGAGGAGGACUUCCCUCGAGGAGGGACAGCAAAAAAGCCAACCCAGAGUAAAACAGUGGUCCAGCGAACAGAAGCGGACAACCUGUUUCAGUCAAACGAGCAAGCUGAAGCUAAGAAAAGAAAGACGGGAGCCAAAGAUGACAGCAAAAAGCUCAAGAAGCAAAGGGCAGGUGAAAAAACGGAAGCUGGCCUGACACUUAACGCACCAGUCAAAUCUGUGGAAAUUCUACAUGCUAAGAAUGUGAAGGAGGGCAUGUUGAUGCUAGGGUGUGUGAAAGAGGUGACAGACUUUGAGGUGACGGUCAGCCUGCCUAGUGGCCUGCAAGGCUUCUUCAGCAUCAAGAACAUCUGCGAUUCAUACACCAAGAUGCUCAGCGAGCAACUGGAGUCAGCUGACACAGAGGACAUCUGCUCUUUGCCUCACCUGUUCUACCCCGGCAUGGUGCUCAGGUGUGUGGUUGUCAAGUUGGAUGUAGCCAAGGGGGGAUCGCUUAGCAUCCAGCUGUCAAUCAACCCGAAAGUGGUCAACAAAAGUCUUACCUCAGCCACUCUGAAAACUGGCAUGGUCUUGAGUGGGUGUGUGGAGAGUGUAGAGGAUCAUGGCUACAUCGUUGACAUUGGCAUCAGUGCAACCAAAGCAUUCCUGCCUAAGGAAGCUGUGAAAUUCAAACACAACAGUCCUGAAGAGCUGAAAGUGGGUCAGUAUUUGACUUCCCAAGUAGAGGAGGUAAAGAACAAUGGUCGCGUGGCUCAGCUUUCCAUAGACGCGACUACUGUCGCUCAGGCCUGUGCUGAACCCCAGCAUGGCUGGACUCUCACCAACCUUCUGCCUGGCCUUCUUGUCAACGCUACCAUCAAGGCGGUGACCAAACAUGGCCUGCUCCUGGACUUCCUGUCCUCGUUUAAUGGCCUGGUGGACUUUCUCCACAUGGAGCCAGAACAGGCAUCCAGCUACACUAAGGGGGUUCAGGUGAAAGCGCGUGUGCUGUACAUUGAGCCAUACACUCGUCUGGUGGGAAUGAGCCUGCGCAGCCACCUCAUUCAUCUCGAGACUGGAAUUGACCUCGUCCCUGCUGGCGGGGAACGGAUUGGUGACGUGGUGAAGGACUGCAAGAUGACUGCUAUUCACCACAUGUCCGGAGCAAUGUUGGAACUUCCAGACAAAAUGUUGGCCUUUGUACAUCGGAACCACAUGAAGGAGUCUAAUGAGCCAGCUAAUGAAAACAGAGUGUUUGCCCAGCCUGAGCACACCUGCAGGAUCCUGGACUUCAGCCUCAUGGAACAAAUCCAUUUUGCUACUUUACGCAAGAGUGUGAUUGCGAAACCAUUUUACAGAUACCACGAUCUUCAUGCCGGUCAGAUUGUGGAGGGGACAGUGUCAGUCCUGCUGAGUCAUGGGAUGGUGGUGCGUCUGUCUGACCACAUUAAAGGUUUCGUACCUCGAACCCAUCUGUCUGACAUCGUCCUCCAGGAUCCAGAGAAAAAGUAUUUUGAGGGCAUGAAGGUCAAAUGCCGGGUGCUGUCUGUGGACACAGAGAAUAAGAAGCUGUACCUGACCAGAAAAAAGACUCUCAUUGAAAGCUCCCUGCCGUUGUUCCUGACCUAUAGCGACACUCGUCCUGGCCGCGUGUCCCACGGCUAUAUCGUGAGCAUAAAAGACUUCGGCUGCAUUGUUCGUUUCUACAACACUGUCAAGGGUCUGGUGCCGCUCGGCGAGCUCAGCUCGGAGCCCAUCAUCAGUCCUGAGGGGGUGUUCUAUGUUGGGCAGGUGUUAAAGGCUAAAGUUCUUCAGUGCAAUCCUGAAAAGGAAAAGAUGGUGCUGUCAUUUAAGGCAGUGGUGGAUAAAGAAAUCGAGGAGGCUCCAAAGCCUCAGUUUGACUGUGAGGUGGGGAAGAGGCUGGAUGCAAAGGUGCUGAAAAAGUCACUCAACGGUUUGGAAUUGGUCAUCCUCCCGGAUGAGAUCCGUGCUGUACUUCCCACAGUCCACCUCUCUGAUCACGUGUCCAACUGCCCUUUGUUGUGGGAGAGCCUGCAGGAAGGAGAUAUCAUCUCAAACCUCAUCUGUUUAAGCAAGAACAAGCAGAAUCUUACUCUCACCAAGAAACCAACAGUGAGAUGGUCACUGGAGGAAGGAGUGGUUGCCAAAGAUUUCUCUGAGAUCGCAGUUGGAAUUCAGCUGGUUGGCUGGAUCAAAAACAUCAUGUCCUAUGGCGUCUUUGUGGAGUUUCCAUAUGGUCUUGUUGGACUUGCACCCAAAUCAGCCAUGACAGACAAGUUCCUCAGCGACACGACAAAUGCCUUCCAGGUGGGCCAGACAGUCAUGGCUAAAGUGACCAACCUCGAUGAGGAGAAGCGACGAUUCCUGGUCACACUGAAGACUUCAGAGGUCCUGUCACUGCAGAGGGAUGCUCAGACUAGACUCAUUAACGGUCUGCAGGAGAGAAGAGCAGUGACUGAAAUGCUGGCUAUGAAAGGUAACAGGGAUCUUUGCCAGCAGUUGGCUGCUCUGUCUGUUGGGCAGAAGCUGAAGCUGACUGUGGAUGCUGUGAAGGACACUGGUGCUGUAUUUAAGUCUGAUGACUUGGUUGGUGCUACCAUUCUGGCCAAUAAGCACCACAUCAUAGGUGUUAAACUGACCGAAGGGCAGAAAGUUGGUGCAGUCAUCCUUCAUGUUGACAUGCUCUCUGCCUGUGUCAAUGUUUCCAUCCUUUCCAAGCUGAUGGGGAAGAAGAAGUCUUUGGCUGAAGGCUUGAAAUACACAGCAAUGGUGCAGUACAUAGACAAAGACUUUGCUGUCAUCUCACUGGAUGACACGGCACAGCUGACUGUGAUCCAAACUAGCGGUCACCUGAAUGAGGUGUUCCUGUCUGAGUCAGAGAAGCUGAAGGUGGGCAUGACUUUGUCGGCUGAAGUUAUUGACUCCAGUUGUCAAGAGCUGAAAGGGCUCCCCUUGGUGUCGUGGGAGCGCAGCGUGCCAAAACGACAGCGCACGAACUCAGAAAACCAGGCUGGCAGGGGGGGUCACUGCUUUGGCGAAGUGCUGCGGGGCACGGUGCGGUCAGUAAAACCCACCUGCAUUCAGGUUGCCUUAGAGGAUGGAAGCUCAGGUAGCGUGCAUGUGUCUGAAGUGGUGGAGCCCGCAGAAGUUCGCCUGGGAUCUUUUCCCACGUCUUCAGUGAAAAUGGGCAGUGCGGUCACCACCAGGGUCAUCGGUGGACGGGAAGCCUCCAGUCACAGAUUUUUGCCAUUCUCCCAUCCCAAAUUCAGAUACACCAUUUCUGAGCUUACUCUGAUACCCAGCAAACUGAAUGAGAGUGUAGAUCUCAAACCAGUUACAGCAAAAGAAAAACUGAGCAACUACAAGGUUGGGGAGGAAAUUACAUGCUUUGUAUCAAAGUUUAACCCGGACAGAAAGUCUUUGGAAGUCACGACUGAUCCUGGUGUCACUGGAACAGUUGAACUGCUGGCACUGACCGCUGAUCCUAAAGAUGUCAGCCACCCAGAGAAACUGUACAAGCUAGGCCAAGCAGUCCGUGCCAAAGUGGUAGAAGCAAGCUUCACUCCUCAUCGCUUUGUGCUGUCACUCACAGGUGUCCAUAAACUGGAGAAAGGUAGCAUUACUUUGGGGAUGGUAACAAAUAUUCAGCCACAAACUGGCCUCCUGGUCAAACUUCCCUUUGGGGGCACGGGGACUGUUGCUGUCACAGACAUUGCUGAUGCCUACAGGCCAAACCCACUGGCUGUUUACAGCAAGGACCAGUUUAUCAGCUGUUACCUUCUUGAUAAUGAAAAUGACAAGUGGCAGCUAUCUCUGCGACCAUCAAGGCUGAACCCAGAGAAGGCCAAGCCAACAAAAGACCCAGAAGUGCCGUCUAUUAACAAACUCAAGGCAGGCCAGAUCGUCAGAGGCUACGUCAAGUCUGUCGGAGAGCAGGGGGUCUUCAUCAGGUUGUCAAGAAGCAUCAUCGGACGAGCUGAGCUCCAGCACGCCACCAAAUACUUUGUUAAAACUCACAAGGUCAUCUCUGAGCACUUGCCUCCCAACACCCUGCUCACCACAAAAAUUCUCAGUAUUGACAAAAAGGAGCAGUUUGUCAACCUCUCGCUGCUCUCUGUGGACACCGGGAAACCAGACGUCCUUCCGGAAUCUCUUGGUCUGACGCUGCGUCUCGUUGGAGAGAAGAAGAAACAAGAGAAGAAGAGCAAGAAGCGCCCACCGUCUGAGAGCGAGGAGCAGAUCCCAAAGAAAAAGAAGAAAGAAUCAAAGAAGGCAAGAGCUGAUGAUAACGAUAGUGGAGUGGAGGUGUACUUCAGAGAAGAGGAUAAGGAAGAUGAGGGAAAACCUACAGGACAGGUGACACCCAGUGCAUCAGGUCCAUCCAGGCUGCAGGUGACAGCAGGUUUCUCUUGGGAUGUGGGUCUUAGCUCCCUGAAGCCUGCCUCUGCAGCACAAGAGGAGGACUCGAGUGAUGGAGAAGACCAAGAAGGAAGCACCAAGCCCCAGAAGAAGUCUCGUCAUGAGCUUGAGCAGGAGAAAAAGGAAGCAGAGAAGGCUUUGGUACACAGAGAGGCUGAACUGAUGGAUCCAAACCUGCGGCCGCAGGAUGCGGCUGCCUUUGAGCGUUUGCUCCUGGCAUCACCCAACAGCUCGCUGCUGUGGCUCCAGUACAUGGCUCACCAUCUGCAGGCCACACAGAUCGAGCAGGCCCGUGCUGUGGCUGAGAGGGCCCUCAAAACUAUCUCCUUCAGGGAGGAGCAGGAGAAGCUGAAUGUGUGGGUGGCCCUGCUGAACCUGGAGAAUAUGUACGGCACAGAAGAGAGCCUCAAGAAAGUGUCUGAGCGGGCAGUGCAGUUCUGUGAGCCCAUGCUCGUAUACCAGAAGCUGGCUGACAUCUACGCCAAGUCCAACAAAAUCAAGGAGGCAGAGAACCUGUAUAAGAUGAUGGUGAAACGCUUCCGUCAGAAUAAAGAAGUGUGGUUAAGCUAUGGGACUUUCCUGCUUCAGCAGGGUCAGAGUGAUGCUGCCAGUGGUCUCCUGCAGAGGGCGCUGAAGAGUCUACCUACCAAAGAAAGUGUGGAUGUGAUCGCCAAGUUUGCUCAGCUGGAAUUCCGUUACGGUGAUGUAGAGAGAGGUCGCAACAUGUUUGACAAAGUCCUGACGUCCUACCCAAAACGUACUGACCUAUGGUCUGUUUUCAUCGACCUCAUGGUCAAACAUGGAUCCCAGAAAGAAAUCAGGGCGCUCUUUGAUCGAGUGAUCCACCUGAGUGUUUCUGUGAAGAAGAUCAAAUUCUUCUUCAAGCGCUACCUGGAAUACGAGAAGAAGCACGGCACCCCUCAGAGCAUCCAAGCAGUCAAAGAAAAGGCCAUUGAGUUUGUGGAAGCUAAAGGCACAGAGGCUACCAAGUAAAGUCCAACUAUAUGCAAACACACUGUAUAAAUGCAGGUCUGCCACACAUGACUUGCAGUAUAUUUGUGUCCUUAGAUGUGUGUACAGGUUCUACAUCAAAACGAUCAACAUCUUUAGGUUGUAAUUAAGAUUUUUGUAAUAGUUGUAGUGUUGAACCUGGAUCUUAUAAUUUGAUGCUUUCAUAUUGCAGAAUGUAACAAACCUUUGUGACUAGAAAUGUUUAACUUAACAUUUCAUCAACUUGCAUUUUUAACAGUUUUGUCAUAAGCCUAAUUCACGUCAUGAUUAUUAAAUUGCUGAAUGCUUGAACAGAUUUAUAAAAGUCUCAAUAAAACUUUUUUUUUAAUCCA